AUGGACCUGCGGGUGAAGCUGCAGAAAGCCGUCGACAGCGUGGAGAGCUUCUUUUCGGCGUUAAGAUGUAAUAAAUGUAUGGGCGGGUUUCGAGACGAUGAGCAGCCGCAGUACAAAUACUUGGGCACGUGCAAGCAUAUUUUCUGCAGUGAUUGCGUGGAGGAGCUGACGCGUUCGACGAGCCCGACAUGCCCGGAUUGCAUGAUGCCGCUAAAUUCGUGGCCCCAGCCGGCGUUUUUGGUCAACAACAUUGCCGAGCACUUGUUCACACUGAGGCGAUCAUUCGAUGAGUUGAUGAAAAUGUCCGAAAACGACGGCGACGAGCUGCAGGAACAACUCGAAGGCCUAAAAGAUCUCGUGGAAAACAACGGCCCGAAGAGGACCGUCGACGAAUAUAUUGCCACGCAACGUCUCGACGCCGGCGAGGAGAACAAGGAGAACGAGGACCGCGGAAGCCCAAAUGAGGACUUUUUCGACAAUUUUGACGGCUACGACUUUGACGUCGAUAUGCGGCCUGAAAUACAACAAAAUCUCUUCUCCCAGCUCCCGAAGCCAUCCGAUCAACCCACCACCUCACGCGCCUUUCGGACGCCAUCCCCGGAUUUUACGAAAGAUCAGGGAUUCUUCGAAUCGCAGAACCCGAAUGGGGCGGAGAUUGAUCGACUACCGGAAACGCCUGAAUUUAAGAUCCCGAAGCAGAUUCACCGGAAGCGCGGGGCGAGAAGCGACGGCGCGACGAUCGAGUUGAAACGGACACCCAAUCCGGAGCAGGACAAGAAUUUGCUGGGUUCUGGCGUUGCGGCACAGACUGAAGAAAUAAGACCGGCUUUCGACUUUUUCUCGCAGCGCGCGAUGGACACGCAGCAAGUUGAAUCGCAUUGGACGAAGAAAAUUCUUCCCGAUUUUUUGGCGACCCAAAAGGUGCAAGAAAAACGACCGGAAACGAUGGAUUUCGUAGAAGAAGAAGCGGAAGAAGCUCGUGAACCGUAUGUUGGUUCGCAACCCAGAGAAAAGGAAAAUGACGAGCAUCAGGAACAGCAGGGAUUCUUUGAGAAUUUCGACGAAUACGACUUCUCGACAGAUCAGGGCCCGGAUGUGCCUCGAAACUUGUUCUCGCAGCUUCCGAAAGGGGCAGCGGAAGUGAUGGCGUCUCGAAGUUUUCGCACGCCUUCUCCGGAUUUUUUGAAAGAUCAAGACUUUUUCGCUUCGCAAAACCCGAACGGCGCCGAGAUUGAUCGUCUACCGGAAACACCGGAAUUUAAGAGGCCGCAACCCAUCGCGCGGAGGCGCGGUGCGAAGAGCGCCGGCGCGGCGAUCGAGUUGAAGCAGACGCCGAACGCGCAAAAUGACAAGAAUUUGUUGACUUCCACGAGCGUCAAGCCGAGCGAGGAAAAUGGGAAAGCGAACGAAAUCAAGCCGGCUUUCGACUUCUUCUCGCAGUGCCCAGUAGAUACGCAAUCCGCCGAAGCGCAUUGGGCCAAGAAAAUACUUCCGGAAGUGCCCGGGAGACCGGAUGAUGCCGAAUUAUCGCCCGGCUCGGCUGAACGCUUCCGAGCCACCAGCCCGAUCAUGAAGCCAGCUGAAGCUGUAGACGAGGGCCCGGAACAAUUGGGAGACGAGGACGCUGACGACAUUUUUGGCGUAUUUUUUGAUGACGAGGACGAGCAGGUUCCAGCUGCUCCGAGAGCCAAGACGCCCCAAAAUAUCUUCUCCCAAUUGCCGAGCGGACUCGACGAGCCGAUCUUGUCUGGCAAUGUGGGAAAUGCGUUGCCGGAUUAUUUGAUAAAACCUACCCCGAGACGACGCGAGACGAAAAGCGACGUGGCGAGGGCGGUGCCGAACAAGGAGGCAAUCCCCGAAAAGCGGAAGGGCGCGAUGGCGGUUCAUGGGAAAGCCAAACCGACGACAGAUCUCUUCUCCCAGCUCGGCGCGGAUUCACGGUCUGGGGCGACUGACUGGACGGUGGAUCUACCGUGGCGCUCCCUUCCACCACCGAAAUUCCACGCGGCCGCCGGCGAUGCCGAGCCCCACUUUAGGAGACGCACGUCCCUGAUGAAGCCGAUUUUGAUUGAUUCCACAUCAACGAUCCACGGAAACGCGCCAACAACCCCGAAGACGCCGCGACGCCGGAAUACGGUGGCCACCGCCUACAAGACGCCGGUACCGGAGUUGCCACCUCGUCGUGCUUCAACCUCUAAAGUGGCGCUGCCUUCGAAGGCGGCCGCGUCUCCACCUCCACCCAGCCCCGCUCGAUCGUUGCGCUCGGCAAAACGGGCCCAUAGGGGCGAGCCGGAGGUUCAAGAGGAACCCGCCAAAUUCCCGACGCCGUCGAGCAGUGGAUUCCACGACCUCAACCAGUCGUUCGGGCGCUCUGCAGUCGAAUCUCCGCGAUCCGCCUUCGCCCGGCCGACUCGAACAAGGACCAGCGGUGUCUCCUCGAAAGCGAGCAGUCCACGACAAGCCGAAGCCCGGACCCCGAUUCGAGCUUUGAAAAAGCCAGCUGAGAAAGAAUUCGUCCCCGAGCCGUCGCCGAAGCGCCGUAGACCGCCAAGGAGCCCCGCACCCGCCGCCGCCUGCUUUGAAGAUUGCCCCGUCGAAACGUCGACCACGUACAAGGAGGCGGCGGCUCGUCUGCGUGCAUCUUCAUGUGAUCCCGGAAGAGCCCCUCGAAAACGACCGCCCGCCCGCCUCCCCAAUGUGCUGCGCCGCGGCGAGAUGAACGUGGUCAACGCCGUGCUGGCCGCGGACUUGGCGAGGGUCCGGGAAUUGGUGGCGAAUGAGGCCGAGGUCAACGAGCGAGACCCACAAGAGGGCUGCACUCCGCUGUUUCUCGCCGCCCGGGCCGGGCUUUACGAAAUCGCUCGAGUUCUCAUCCAGGCGGGCGCCAUCGUCAAUGCGCAUUGCACGAAAGAGUGUGAAACGCCACUGCACGCCGCUGUCCGAGGCGGCUCCAUCGAGACGGGUGCGAACAAGGACGCGCUUGACCUGCGAAAAAUUUCACCUCUCGAAGCCGCCAAGUCACUGCCAUUGCCCGUGGCCGAGCAGAUUGAACAAGCCUUCGACGUCAGCCGCCCGCAUCGAGUUUCUAAAGAAAUCUACCCAAAACGCCGCCAUAUCUGCAUCCCGCCAAGUCAAGGGCUCGAAGCCGGACUCUACGUGAAGCUGGACACAAUGGCGCUGUUUGAGUCGGUAUCGGAAACCAUGAGCGACCUGUCGACGCACAUCGUACUCGCCGGCGUCGGGCCGGACGGCUCGGUGGAGUGCACGCCGCUGUUGAUCGAGGCCAUCUCGCGGGGUCUGCGCAUCGUCGGCUCGAGGUUCGUGUCGGACUGCAUCCGCCAGCGGACGAUUCCCCCGAAUGAGGGCCAGUAUGAGAAACCCGGAAUAUUCGUGGGCGCGCGCUUCUUCUUCAUCUCGGCCAAGUAUCGCGGGCACGAGCGAGCAUGGCUCCGCCAAAUUGUUCAGAAUGCCGACGGAGAGGUGGUCAACCGGGAGCCGAUCCACUCGUCAAGCGACCCGUCGCCAUUCUACGACACGAAUCGGGGGUCCCCGUGCUUCGUCGUGGCCUGCCCGGCCGACGUCGACAACCCGAUCCUCGCCACGCUGCCCAACAAGAAGCACCUCACGCUGAUCACCCCGAAUUGGCUGAUCGACUGCAUUCUGACGUCGCGCUUCCAGGCGAGUUUCUAC